GGCGGAAGUGGAGUUAGGCCGGUUGUUGCCGGAAGUCCUAAAAAUCAACACAUUCACUUGCAUCCACCGCAGAAAUGUCCGAUUCCGGUGUGGAUUUGAGCAACGGUCUCGAAGAUGUUAUUGUUUCAUUUAAACCCGAUUCAACUGAACAGACGUGUCCUGUCUUCAAGUACUCUCCAGUCAACAUUCAAGGACCAGGAUGCCAUGUAGACCCCAGUGAAGUUACACUUCCUGGGUGCUCCUGCCUUUCCCAUUCAUGCGCCGCUGAGAGCUGUUGCUGCUUGCAGACCUACGGACAAGCCUAUGCAGCCGAUGGCACGUUGCUGAGUGUAUCGGAUGUUGGUCACUUCACCCCAGUGUUUGAGUGUAAUGCCCUUUGUUCCUGCAGUGACACUUGUUCAAAUCGAGUGGUGCAGAGAGGGCUGAGACUCAGUUUGCAGAUAUGCACCACUGCCAGGAGGGGGUGGGGCGUGCAGACGCUUCAGCCCAUUUCGCAUGGGACGUUUGUGUGUGAGUACGCAGGAGAGGUCAUCGGUUUUGAGGAGGCCAGACGCAGGCAACUUGCACAAAGAUUUGAGGACAAUAAUUACAUAAUAGGUGUCAGGGAACAUGCAGGGCCAGGUUCCAUCACAGAAACAUUUGUGGACCCAGCCACUGUGGGAAACGUAGGUCGCUUUCUAAACCACUCCUGCUUGCCCAACUUGUUCAUGGUGCCCGUCCGCGUGCACUCUUUGGUUCCCAGAUUGGCACUGUUUGCUGGCCGGGACAUUGAUGUCCAAGAGGAGCUAACGUUUGACUACUCAGGAGACUACAGAAACCAAACACCUGGACAAAUACACUUUACACGAACAGACACUGCCAUUGAGGCCAGUAAAACAGUCCAGAGGAAAGCAUGUCACUGUGGGGCCAACAACUGUGCGCAGUUUCUUCCUCUAGAUUUAUCUAUUUUAACAUGACCUGAAUUUAAUGUUGCCUCACAAUUUUAUUGUCUUUUUUUCAUACAAAUUAAAUGUAGUAUGCUUUAAUCAUAUAAAUCUUUAAUUUGCCUUGAAAGUCUGUUUAAGUAGCCCAUCCAGAACACAAGGCACGCCAACAUGUUCUAUCGUCAUUAUUUGCUGUUUGGUCUCCUCGUGUGAAGGGAACUUCUUGACAUGUCCUUCCUCCUCGCUAUUUCUCAGCCCCUGGAAAAUGCUUCUGUACAGAAUAUGUCUCAGUGGUUCGUGUCAUCAUGUUUUAGCACACAAUAGUCCAUAUCUUGCAUCAUACAUCUUUGUCAGGAACAGGAUGAACGGCAGCACAGACACACGUUAAUCAGGAUUUAUUUAAUGUCAGCAGUACUCAUAUUUAUGUUGUGAUAACAGUAGAAAACCUGUGCCAAAAAUUAGUCAUUCCAUACAGAAAAACCUCAAAUAGUAACUCAUGACUAUCAUUUCGAUCAUUCUCAAUAAUCUCCUUUUUUUUUUUUUUGUCUAGGUACUGUAUUCUCACUUGUCUAUGCUUUUGGCCCUCAAGAGAGGUGUUACCAAUUAAAACUGGCCUGGGGGCAUUUUGAUAUAGAAACAAGUUUUAUUCCCCAGUCAAAGGAGGAGGCGUGUCCCACUUUACUGUGACUGCUUCUGAAAUGAGGCCCUCGUCUCGAUGUGGCCUCUUUUUCAUCUAGUCCUGCUUUCAUCUUAUUAAUGCGGACAUCUGGGUUAAUUAGAAUGAAGACUGUCUUUCAUGCAGAAAUAGGACCAGUGCUCCAGCCACACUGGGCCUGGAGGAGAUGAGAAUGUAGGUGUGGACAAGCUCAGAGCCGCCUGUCGAGUUGCUAUUUUUUUCCCCCAAUUAAGAAUAGUGAAAGGUGUUCUGAGUUGGUGUUACCUCACCCAUGUGCGUUGUACCCAUCCUUCAGUUCUUUGGUCAUUAUAUAAAUUUUUUCAUCCUGAAUAUGUGCCUAUCUGUGUUUGUGUCCUUUUGGACGAAUGGCAGGUGAGUUUGUUUUUAAUCCAUCUCAAGCACUUUUAAUUGCAUUUUAUAUUUUAAAAGUGCCUUUUGAAAAAACUUUGAUUGUCAACUUUUCUUAUCUCCUUACUUGGUUUUAACUGCACAGGUAUAAGAAUUACCCUCACCUGGUUUUGUUUACUGAAGUUGGAGUGUUAUGUUUUUCGAUCAUUCUUUAGCUAUAUUUAGGCUUAGAUAUGAUUUUCUACAGUUUUUUCCUUUUAGGGCUCAUUGAAGCACCGGAUACUUUUCUUAAGUCUUCUAGCGCUUGACAGGUAUUGCCAUCCUCCGUAUCCUUAUAUGUACCCAUAAACUCUCCCUUUCCUCUGUACAUGUCCAACCCCUCUAAUUCUAUUCUUUCUCACUUUGUCUCCAAAACAUCUCAACAUGGCUGUCUCUGAUAAACUCAUUUUUAAUCCUAUCCAACCUGAGUUCCUAAAGAGAUUAGAGAAUAUCAGCAUAUUCAUUUCCGCUCACCGCUCUCUUAUCUAUAAACUUUGUGCCUCAUCCUAGCCGAGAUUUAGAACACACCUGACACUUUCCUGCACUUGUUCCAACCAGUUUGAACCCAUUUCUUCACCUUACCACACUCACUGUUGCUCUGGACUACUGACUUAAAGUAUGAAAAGUCCUCCACCCUUGGUAUCAUUUUUCCCUUUAGCAUCACUUUCCCCCCUCCGCCCCACAUUAUACCAUAUUCUCUUUUGCUUCUUAUCUUAUUCCUCUCCUUUCCGGUCCAUGGCUCUACCUUUCUAAAUGUUCCGCCUCCUGCUCCAUGCUGUCACCACAAAUUACUGGGUCACUGACAAACAGCAUGGUCCGUGGUGAUUACAGUCUAACUUCAUCCGUCAGCCAUCACUACUGCAAACUUGAUGCUUUUUUUUGGAAUGGAAAAUCUUGGGAGGGAGCUGAAACUCCGUGUUUCUCAGCGACAGCCCAGAAACAUGUCUGAUCUAGAGAAGAUCUGUGUGGAGGAGUGGGCUAAAAUCCCUCCUGCAGUCUGUGCAAACCUGUUGAACAACGACAUGAAACUUUGAUGUCUGGAAUUGCAAACAAAGGCUACUGUACCAAAUAUUAAAACAGUUUUUUUUCAGGUGUUCAAAUACUUAUUUGCAGCUGUAUCACACAAAUAAAUCUUUAAAAAAAAAUCAUAGAUUGUGAUUUCUGGAU